CAGCCAUUGCGUUUGUAUGAAACCGUCGCUGGCACGUUGGUCACACCUGCCUGUCGCAAGUGCUAAGUGUGAACGUUAUACGGCUAGUUACUUGCUGUGUGGUCGCUCGAAAGUGUCUUAUUGAAGUGCCAUCAGUGAUGUACAUUUUGUGUUCGUAAGAGUUGAGGAAGUUGUAAAAAAAUAUAUUGGAGGGUUUAAGAAAUUCCCGCAGCCGAUAUCCAGACGACCAGCUGAUCGUUCAGUUGCCUGUUACCGAUUUACGAACGGGUGUCCGGCAUUCUGCAACGAUGCGCCAAAAUUAAAGGCCGAUUCGCUGACGGUUCGCGAGGCAGAUGUUGCUUGCGGUGAAUCAGCCGGAGAGUUCAAGCAGCGAGGUGGUGAUUGAGGAGAUACAACACAGAUCUUUCCCCCUUGCCUGGCUCUCACACGGCUGAAUAGGACUAAAGAGGCCGUAGUUGUGAGGCGACUUUUGUGGCGCGAGGGUGUCGGGUCAGCGUGACGCUCGCUGGUUCUGGCGACUCGGCUACUCGGUCCUUCGAUUUGGAUAACUGCCUUGAGGGAGUGAGCUUCACGUGGAGUGCGAGCAUUGCGAAACACGGAGUGGGACUCGCGUGAAGUGCUUUGGCGUCCUGUGUGCGGAUGGUGCGGCCCGUUUAAAAAAAAUAACCGUUGUCUGAGUGCUCUAACGGUGUUUUAAAGUGUGUGUCUGUGUGGUCGUGUCCUUAUUCACUCUCUCGUGGUCGUGCUUGACCUGUGUCAUGGUCCAUCAUGCUUACCAUGACGCCAACAGCUUUGGAAAUGCAGACGAUGAAGGCUUCCACAAUCAGCUGUAGCUCAGAUGAGGUGCUGGAGGAGGGGGGGUGCGCCCCAUCAGUGUCCAGACGUCAGCGAAACUCCUGCCACGCCCAGUAUGCCAUCAUCACAGGCGGCAAAUCUCGCGAGGGCUGCCCCAUCCUCACUUUCCCAGACAAGGGGAACUUCGCCCAACUUGGGGAUGAAGAAUACAGGAAACUUAUCAUCUACCUCACCUCUGUGCCCUCGCUCCAGGACGCGGACAUGGGCUUCGUCCUGGUCAUCGACAGACGGAAUGACAAGUGGAAUUCAGUUAAGACUGUGCUGCUCAAGAUCUCAGGCUUCUUUCCCGGCCUCAUCACGGUGGCGUACGUCCUGAGACCCGCAGGAUUCUUCCAGAAGGCCAUCUCCGAGGUUUCCAACAAGAUAUUCAGGGACGAGUUCAAGUUCAGGGUCGUGGUCUGCAAUUGUGUCGCGGACCUGCACGAGUACAUAGACCGCAAUCAGCUGACGGAGGAUCUGGACGGCUGCAUCCCCUACAACCAUGACGAGUGGAUCGAGCAGAGAGUGGCAGUGGAGAAGUUCAGCGCCAACACCCAGGAGAUCAGUGCCUCCUUGAGAGCUUUCACACAGAAGUUGCAGGAGACGGAGUUCCCCAAUGAUGUUACAUCCACUGAGGAGCUUCUGCAGUCUCAAACUUCAGAAUACAAUGCACUGAAAGAUGACCUGUUGUCUGCCUCCCGCCAUGGAGAAACUCUACUCAAUUGUAUCAAGCGCCCUGGGGAGCCUCGUACGGCCCGUCUGUGUCCCGACAAGUUAAUCAAUGUGACAGCAGUAGAACGGCUGUUGGUGCAGCUGGAAGAAACUGAGAGAACCUUUGAUGAAUUUUGGACCCGGCAUGAGGGACGGCUUACACAGUGCCUCCAGCUGAGACGCUUUGAGACAGACUUUAGGGAACUGCAACAAUGCCUGGAAAUUUCACUGAAGCAGUUGUCCGCAAUGUCAGAGAUUGGGAUUCUGUACACCAUGACCAGCGAAAAAGCAGAGGAGCUACGCAUCAUUGGCACACAGUUGAUUGAAAGUCAGCAUUAUGCCGUGGACUCCAUUCAGCCAAAGUGCGUAGAGCUAGUACGGAUGAGGGACGCUUUCCACGACCGCAUAACUAACAGACUGGAAACGUUACACAAGUGCCGAGACUUGCAAGAGCGUAUUGAACAGGCAAAUAAGUGGUGCACAGAAGGUGUGGAACUCUUAGCCUCACAGCAGAUAGAGAUGUCAACCCCAGAAUUUGCCGAGGAAGCUCUUAGGGAAUUGGAUGAAUUUUUGGCUUCCUCUGAGUACAGUCGGCUGGGAACCAGUCGUGAACUUAGGACUAUGUUUGAGGAUGUCAUCACCCCUGAAACGAAGGGCUUAGUGCAACAGGUACUGAAACGUAUAGAAGAUGUACAAAUGAUGUGUGAAAAGCGAAAGAGUUCCUUAAAGAAGUUGGCCACUCGUCUGCCUCGACCCGUGCAUGCUGUGACACCAGAGCCCGCAGUCCCACUCCACUACCCACAAGGGCAUGCCAAUGUUCACCCACACUCUCACCCAGCAUCUCCCCUCCAUGCGGACCUCCCUAAAAGUCCCAAAAGCAUGAGGAAAGCAUCAACUUUACCCAAGCUUGGUGACAGUGGAGAUUCUCCUGACUGGGUUGGUGAUGCCGAAGCUGCACGUGCUAAGAGGCCAUGUCCUCCAAAAUAUGCUUUCAUAAUUCCAACUUUAAGUUCUCUUAAAACUGGUGAUGAUAUGUUUGAUAACUUCAAAAAAAUGCAGCCUCUUAUCCCCAUCAACCUAUAUGGCAAGAGUGAUAUUCUCUUUGGCAACAUGGAGGAUAUCUUCCGCUUCCAUAAUGAUGUCUUCCUGCGGGAUUUGGAGAACUGCAUUAAUACGCCAGAGCUAAUUGGUCUUUGUUUUGUCCAGAGGAAGGAUACAUUCCAUCGGUUGUACUCACUGUACUGUCAGAAUAACCCAAGUGAAGAACUGCGUCGGCAAGUAGGUGAUCAAAACCCAUUUUUCAAAGAGUGUCAGCGUCGUCUCCAUCACAAACUGCCACUUGGUGCCUACCUUCUGAAGCCUGUGCAACGCAUUACAAAGUAUCAGCUCCUGUUGAAGGACUUACUGAAAUGCGUAGAAGGUAGCCAAGGUCGCCGGGAGUUGCAGGCGGUCGACACAAUGCUCACAGUCCUCAAGUGCCUCAAUGACUCCAUGCAUCAGGUUGCCAUCACAGGAUUCCCGGGCAAUCUGGCAGACCUGGGGAAGCUGCUCAUGCAAGGCCCCUUCAGUGUGUGGAAUGACAGCAAAAAGGGACUUCGCGAGCUCCGUCUGAAGCCAGCACAAAGACACAUUUUCCUUUACGAAAAGAUGCUACUUUUCACCAAGAGAACUGGCAAGGAUACAGAUCGUGCCACCUACCAUUUCAAAAAUGCUCUGAAGAUGUCACAGGUUGGUUUAACAGAAAGUGUGCGAGGCCAUAAAGGUGAUGUUCGAAAGUUUGAGGUCUGGCUUCAGGGACGGCAAGAGGUCCACACCAUCCUGGCUCCAUCGUCAGAAGUCAAGGACUUGUGGGUUAAGGAGAUAAAGCGGGUGCUACUCGAUCAGUUUGAGUAUCUCAAGGGAGAAAAUAUUAAGCAGUACUCCGCUAGAAUACAGAAAGGUGCCAGUCUUAAUGGCAUUCGAAUUCCUCCUCUGUCACCCACUACUCAACACAGGGCUCUACGACAGACGGCAUCAUGGGACAUAGCAGGCAAUGGUGUGACUGGCAGUGGUGGCUCUAUCAGUUCUAGCAGCUCUGAGGGCCGCCCUGGAGGUGAGCCCAGUCGGGAAAUAGGCAAACGCUCUCUGCGGAUAAAGUCUGUGGAUGCCACUCUGGGUGAUGCUCCAGAAGAGGAAGAGGAGAGCUGGUCAUCAGAUUAUUCUGCUUCUGAUGAGGAAGAGGAUCAAGAAACAUUCUCUGAGAGCACAGAGUACACCUCGUCACGGUUCCUUGUCUUGGCUGACUACAAUGCCAUGGGAGGAUCUGAAGUCAGCCUGCGUGAGGGAGACUAUGUAGACUUGAUCAAAGUUGGAUGCGCUGGCUGGUGGUACGUCAGGGUUUCUGGGACGCCUUACGAAGGUUGGGCUCCAGCUGCCUACUUAGAGCGGGUCCUCAAAAAGGGCAGCAGAUCCUCACCGUCAGUCAGUAGUCAAGAAUCCUCCUCAGGACUGAAACAUGCAACAUCAAAGUCAUCAGUUGCUUCACUGUCAGCCAAAUCUGAGGAAGUGAAUAUAAUGUAAAGGGAAUGGAAUACCAAUGAUACUAUAAUGCCUUAAGGCUGUAUUAGUCCAGAAACAAAACAUAGAAUGUUAUGGUGGUCUAUAAUGGCUGGGAGAAUCAUUGUGCUAUUCCUUCUGGGUAAAAACUGUAUAAAAAUGUUGCUUUUGUUAAAUGCCAUGUGAAAAGACAUUGCCCUCAUAGGACCUCCCGGAACUGUGCUGGUGUGACGAGUAAACCACAUGAAGUGUCUUCACAUCAGUAUAAGAAUGACAUGGACAGUGUGUAUGGUAACAUGACUCCUAGAACAGUGUGUAACCUCUUAACAUCACCUGACCUAGAAUGCCUCCUGUAAUGCCUGCUUAAAAAGAGAAAACUUGAAUGGUUCAAGUGUAAGCAUUCUUUGCAGGUAGGAUAUAUAACAAAUUCAUGGACUUCCAUUCAUAUAAUAUUAACCAAAGUAAAUCAUCCUAGAGAUACAUUAAGUCUAACAGUUUCUCACUCCUUGGCAUAUUCUCUCUUCUAUUCCGAAAUUCAGUGCAAUAUCACUGCUUUAUAUCAUGUCCUACUAUAUAGUAUGUACCAUAUGUAAACAUAAAUGAAAAUGUAUGGUCUCUUGUUUCUCAGAUCUACUAAUACCUCUUGGGCAACUUUCUGAAUGGGAAUAUGAAUGUUCCAGGCAUCAUGGAUACUCUUAUUACAAAGAUGUAAUACAUUACACAAAUACAUCACGUAGAUUGUAAAAUAAAAUCUAGUAUCUCCCUAGUAUGAGGGUAACUAGUGGGCUUUACUCUUCAAGUCAAGCAUAUAUAUGCCCUUUUGACUCUUGAUUCAAUCUCUGACUCUAAUGGAUGUACAAGUUAUCAUGUACUGUCUACUUAUUUUUUUCUAACUUAUAGAAAUCUUUCCUGAUAUUUACUAUGUACUUUUGCCUAACACCCAUCUAGUACCUAUCUUUCCUCCCUAAGAUAUGUUGCCAUCUUACAUUAACCUCAUUAUUUGAUGAGAUCCUCCUAUUCUAUCACUCUUUUACCAUUACUUCUUGUGUAGAUUUAUAUGCCAUGGUAAUUUUGCAUUAUUAUGCCCAUCUGUAUACCUUGCCUGUCAACUUUACUCAACUUAUAGCGGCUUUUUACUCCGCUCUGCCCACUUGUGAUCAUGUGCCUCACGUACUGGUAGAAGUAGAAAUAGAGGUCUGAGUGCCAGCUCCAAUGUUGCCUUGUGAGGCAAAUGUGGCUUUGUCUAUACAAG